GGGAAUGUGGGAAGAGUGCAGUCGAUCUCCGGUCGCGACGCGGACGCGUUCUCUCACACCACACAUCAAUCAAUCACUGGAAAGCCGCACGCGCACUGCCCGACGCGCGCUCUUACAAAAUGAUUACAGCACUACUUUUUGCUAUUUUAGUGACAAUUCUGACAGGAUACAUACUUCAAACAAUUACUAAACCUAAGAAAUAUCCACCAGGUCCAAAAUGGUUACCGUUUGUUGGAUGCAGCAACAUAGUACAAAAAAUGAGCAAACUACAUGGUUCGCAGUGGAAAGCGCUCUCACAAAUAGCCAAAGAAUAUUCUACCCAGGUGCUUGGUCUGAAGCUAGGAAGUGAAUUGGUUGUAGUCGUGUAUGGAGACCGAAAUAUACGUCAAGUACUUUUGGAACCGGAGUUUGAAGGCAGACCAAACAGUUUUUUCAUCAAAUUACGAUGUUUUGGAAAGAGGAUGGGAAUAACAUCAGCAGAUGGCCCAUUAUGGCGAGAACACAGAAAAUUUGCAGUCAAACAUCUCAAAAAUGUUGGGUUCGGCAAGGCAUCCAUGGAACAAGAGAUACAGCAAGAAAUGGCUAGAUUAGUUGAUUACAUACGAAAUAAUAAUUCUAAACCAAUAAGUCCAAAGAGUAUUCUUGCUACAGCCGUUAUGAAUGUUCUGUGGAAAUAUGUGGCAGGAGAAUCCAUUGAAGAGGAUCGUCUUAAGUUGCUACUAGAAUUGCUAAGUGCCCGAUCUAAGGCGUUCUCCAUGGCAGGAGGGUGGCUCAAUCAGUUCCCUUGGUGCAGAUUUUUCUUUCCUGAAGCAAGCGGAUAUUCGCUUAUAAAUAGAAUUAAUUUACAAAUUUCCGCUAUUAUUGAGGAAGCAAUACAAAAACAUAAAAAUAAUGCAGCUAGUGGUGAUGAUUUUAUUUAUUCGUUCCUGAAUCAAAUGAAGGUGAAAAAAGGCACAUUUACGGAACUACAGUUAAAAGUGGUAUGCUUAGAUAUGUUCAUUGCCGGAUCUCAAACUACAAGUAACCUGCUGGAAUUCAUUUUUCUUACGGUUCUAAGGAAUCAACAUAUACAGGAAAAAAUUUAUGAUGAAAUACAACGUGUCAUAGGAAAUAACGUGCCCAGUUGGACUGAUAGUCACAAGCUGGUUUACACAUCGGCUUUUCUGUUGGAAGUUCAAAGGUGUUACGCAAUAGUGCCUCUGAUGGGCCCUAGGAGAGUUCUAAGUGACAGCAUUGUGGAUGGCUAUAUGAUACCGAAGGACACCACUGUAUUGAUAUCAGUCGGCGACCUUUACUUGGAUCCGGACAUUUUCGAAGAUCCUCAUGAAUUUAAGCCUGAGAGAUUUAUCGAUGAGCACGGCGAGUUGAAAAAUGCAGAGCACGUCUACACCUUCGGCUUAGGUCGAAGGAGGUGCCCCGGCGACGCUUUAGCUCGAUCGUUCGUCUUCUUAACAUUUGUGGGGAUUUUGCAGAAGUUUAAGAUCCAGUGCGUCAACGGUGUACUUCCCAGCGACGAGCCAGUUAUAGGCCUAAUAGCUGCCCCGCGACCGUACUCCGCGAUGUUUGUGGCACGGCAAUGAGAUGUCAAAGUUAAGCAAUAAAAUUAACGAUAUA